UUGUGGCGCCAUGUUUAAAAAAUUUCAUUGAUUUAAAACAAACAAGCCUAUAAAUUGCAAAUAGGACUGCAUUAUAUGAAACUCAACAAACAUGCCUUUAGAAAUUGAUUUAAACAUGCCUUUAGAUAUUGAUUUAAAUAUCCCUUUCAAUGAUUUUGAAGUUGUUGACAAUACAAUAACAAUUGCUUCUGAAGUUAUUCACAAUACAGUACCAAAUGCUUCUGAAAUUAAUCAAAACAUAGCAGAUGGUACAACAAUCGUAGAAGCCCAAUAUGAUCCAAAUAGUGAAGGAGGAGACAUGGGAAACUUGGAGACAGAGAUGAGUGAUGAAGAUACUACAAUUUCAGAAGCUGAACAUGAUCCAAAUGAUGAAGGGGUUGAAGAGGAAUAUACUGAGACAAUAACCACAGAAGGACAAUCUAAAAAAAAACGUGUAUUCUUGAGCAAUAUCAACCGAGAUGCCAUUUCUCAGGUACUGAUAAAUGAGAGUCAUAAUGGUAAGCUGAUACGCGGGACUGUCGCAAGGUUGGCUUUAUAUUAUUCGGUCUCUCAAAAUGUGAUUUAUCGGAUUUGGAUGCAAAUGCGUCAAAGCGGCGAUGCUCUUCAUAAAAAAACAAAAAAUGUUGGUCGCAAAAGAAUUGAGAUAGAUAUUGAAAAGGUGCGUGAUGUUGAGUUAAAUAAGCGCGGUACUUAUAGAUCUCUAGGACGUGCCUUAAAUGUUAACAAAAAUAGGUUGUUGCAGUUGAAAAAAGAAGGGAUUUUGCGUCGGCAUUCAAGUCCCUUAAAACCAUAUUUGAAGGACGAUAAUAAGAUAAGCCGUCUUAGGUUUUGUUUGUCCAUGCUUGAUGAAAAUACCAUUCUUCAUGAUCCACAAUUUAAGUCAAUGUAUAAUGUUAUUCAUAUAGAUGAAAAAUGGUUUAAUAUGACCCAAAAAAACAAGAAAUAUUAUCUUUUAGCAAAUGAGGAUGAUCCAUACCGUACGUGCAAAAACAAAAACUACAUUACUAAGGUUAUGUUUUUAGUUGCUAUGGCAAGACCUAGGUUUGAUGAUGAUAAUAAUGAGACGUUUUCAGGAAAAAUUGGCAUGUGGCCUCUAGUUGUUGAAGAGCCUGCAAUAAGGUCAAGUGUGAAUAGACCAGCUGGGACACUUGUUACAAAACCAAUAACUUCUAUAACUAAAGAAGUUAGUCGGAACUUUCUCAUAAACAAGAUUUUACCGGCGAUUAAAGAAAAAUGGCCGCGUGAUAGUAUACGGGAAACAAUUUACAUACAACAAGAUAAUGCACCGUGUCAUGUACCUAUAAAUGACCCACUAUUUUGUAGAGCAGCUGCUGAAGGUGGCUUUGACAUUCGUUUAAUAUGUCAACCGCCUAACUCUCCUGAUUUAAAUGUUUUAGACUUGGGGUUGUUUAGUGCUAUUCAAUCAUUGCAACAGACGGAAGUGGCUAGAUCAGUGAAUGAGCUUAUUCAGGUUGUGCAACAAGCCUUUGAUAAUUAUUCAAGUAUAGAUUCUAACAAAGUUUUUCUCACACUCCAAGCGUCUAUGAUUGUGAUAAUGAAGAUCAAAGGAUCUAAUCAGUACAAAACUCCCCAUAUGAAGAAAGAUGUGCUGAUAAAUCAAGGCAAACUGCCCUGUCACCUAAAAUGUGAUUUGGAAUUAGUUCAACAAACUUGUGCUUAUUUAGACAAUGUUGGUCAAGGUAUUAAAUCAUUAGUAUUCCCUGUUUGCAUUUGUCUUGCUGCAAAUUUAUGGAGUAUUCUAAUCUUGUCUUCUUAUUUGUGUUGUUGCAAAGGUAUCAACCCAUCUGUAUGA